CAGCCCCUGGAGUGACGUCACAAAGCCCCGCUCCAGUCACAAAACUGGCCUGUCCGGGCUCAUAAAAAAGGCUGCGGGGGGGGGGGGGGGAAGCGCGCGCUUAGUGCUGGAUCCGCUGACCAUUCGUAAGAGCUCAGGUGUUGGGUGCACGGAGCAACAUGACACUCCAGACUGACUUCGAGACUGCUGCGGUAAAGGUUACAAAAUUAAAAUCCAAGCCCACCGAUGAUGAAUUAAAGGAACUGUAUGGACUCUACAAACAGGCCACUGUAGGAGACAACAACACUGAGUGCCCUGGGGCAUCGGAUUUGAAAGGCAGAACCAAAUGGGAGGCUUGGAAUCUGAAGAAAGGUAUAUCCAAAGAUGAUGCUAUGAAAGCCUAUAUUUCUAAAGCAAAUGAACUGAUCCAGAAAUAUGGAAUGUAGAAUUUCCUUAAACACUUCACCUUCAAGUAGGCUCAUGGUACUUUCGAAUGUUAUUAAUGUUAAUGUUCCGGCCUAAAACUUAAUCUGUAACAAUUUCAUUUUAAUCAUUAUGACACUGAUUGUACUUGUUUACAAUACAUUUUGUAUCUUAAUACAUAACUUGUUUUCACCAUU